AGAAGAACAACCUGAGGACUCUAUUUCUGAAGGCCAUUGAACUCCUUUAGAUAAGUCCAGAGGGGAAAUCUGAGAUCAGUACAGCUGUUUGUCUAUGAUAGCUGAGGGUAAAUCAUUGGAGUCGGGGAACUAACUACUUCCAUUAGCAUUUGACUGUUGGUCCUUUUGUUGUGAGCUCCUUGUUUCUGCAAAGAUGGCUGGGGUCAGCACAGUGGGUCAAAAAAAAACCCUAGAUGAGAGAGGUUGGGAAUCUCCAGUCUGCAUCCCAAACCAUGUCGCUGAUGACUUGAGCAUAUCAGCAGAUACUCAAGAUACAGAGGAUAGAUUCCACCCAUGGGAGAAUGACCCUCUGAAGAGAAGUUUGGAAUUAUCAUCAGAGCCAUUGGAGGGGACAUCUGGAAGUCAUGUGGGUGAUGUUUCACAAGAUCCUGUCAGGCCUCCAGUCCAGAAGAGAAAGCUAGAUCCACUUCCAAAAAAACAUAAACAUCUUAGAAAGGUCAUAAGGACAAAGAGAAUGAGAAAGAGCAAGAGGAAGAAGAAAGUGGAGACCCACUGCCCUGGCAUUCUUCCAACGCCUUUGUUACCACCACAAAGUGAAGAAGAUGAGGUGGUAGAUAAAAAGCUGACCCUACUCAGUGCCCAGGAAAGUGAUCCUGACCUUCCCAAUGAGGACAGAUUACAGAGUCAGCAGGAUGAAGGUACCUGUAUGAUGCAUCAGGAAUGUCAGAUCCAGCCCUGUGAGCUCUCAGUGUCCCAGGAGCUCGGGCCCUCUUCUCCUGCAAUGACAUCCUCGGCAUCACCACCACUCUGUUUUGGUCGUUUUUUAAGCUGUGUCUGCCAGACCUUCUCAAGGUCUAGGAAGAGGAAAUCUCCUGGAAGAGAGGGCACCAAGCAAGCUGAGACAGGAGGUGAUGCUAAGGCUCUGAGACCUGGUCUGCUGAGGGUUCUAGGCAAAAACAAAGUACAGCCUCAUUAAAGUCUGUAGCAAGUUGAAAUUGAUUUAGGUUUCCCUUGUGUUUAGUUUAAUAGUUUU